CAAAGUUUGUUGCAUUUCAAAAUCCAAAGAUCUUCUCUUUUAUCGCUUCUUAAUUUUGAAUUCCAAUUCCCCACUUUUCAAAUAUCAAUUUUCAUAAUAUCUUCAAAACCCACAAAACUCACUCACUCGCUUUCCCCUCUGUUCAUCAGAUUCCCCCAUUCCCACUCCCACAAUAUGGAUAGAACUAAAUCCUCUUCAAAAUCUCGCCCAUCCACCGCCGAUCUGCUCACCUGGUCUGAGGUUCCCCACCCUGAAUCUUCCCCCGCCCUCUCCGCUUCCGCCCCUCGCUCCCACCAGCCGUCCGAUAGAAUCAGUAAAGUGCUCCAAGGGGGUCAGCUCACGGAUGAAGAAGCCGAGAGCUUGAUGAAAAAGAAGAACUGUUCAGGGUAUAAAAUGAAGGAGAUGUCUGGAAGUGGAAUUUUUGCAUCUAAUGGUGAAGGGGAUGAAUCGGAACUUGAUAACAAAACAGGGCUUCGGAUGUAUCAGCAAGCCUUGAAUGGAGUUAGCCAAAUAUCCUUCGCUACUGAAGAGGGGUUAUCUCCUAAAAAGCCUACUUCAAUUCCAGAGGUGGCAAAGCAACGUGAGUUAAGUGGGACAUUGCAGAGUGAUCCUGAUGCCAGGAGUAAGAAGCAGAUAUCAGAUGCUAAGAACAAGGAGCUAAGUGGACACGACAUCUUUGGAGCUCCACCCGAAAUAACACCAAGAUCAUUGGCAGCUGCGCGGAGCUUGGAAUCGAAAGAAAGUAAAGAUAUGGGUGAACCAGCACCUAGAACCCUGAGAACUUCUGUUAAAGUUUCAAACCCUGCCGGAGGCCAGAGUAACAUCCUGUUUGGUGAAGAGCCAGUGAUGAAGACAGCUAAGAAGCUACACAACCAGAAGUUUCAAGAGUUGACUGGUAACGAUAUAUUUAAAGGAGAUGCUCCACCAGGAGCAUCGGAGAAAUCGCUGAGCUCGGCCAAGCUAAGGGAGAUGAGCGGAAACGACAUAUUUGCUGAUGGGAAGGCAGAAUCAAGGGACUACUUUGGGGGAGUUCGUAAACCUCCGGGUGGAGAAAGCACCAUUGCGUUGGUUUAAUUUUAGCUCCUAACUUGAUUUGAAUUGUCUGACAUUCAUGUCUGUUUCUACUUGAACUUUUAAUGUUAUUUCAGUGAUCACUUGCACUUAUAGCCAAUGAUGACAGACUUGGGGUAGUGUUUAUUGUGGUAUGUGCUCUUUUAAAAAUCCCUGAUUUUGAUCAUAGAAGCAAAUGCAAGCGUCGACUGAUUGUUGUAAAUUUCUUUCAACUAUUGAUUGCUUAAUGAACAAAAACCUUUUUUUUUUUAA